CCGGGCGGGCAGAGGAAUUCACGAGGUGCUCACGUUCACCUCCAACGCUAACUCCGCCUAUUUAAUCCCGGCGGCUCCCCCUCGCCUCCUCCCGGCUCUUGCCCGCCCCUUUCGCCCUGGUGGUAGGAAACAUUCCGGUCUUUAACUCGACGUGUCCGGAAAGCUCUAGCCAGUUUUCCUUUCGUUCUGCGGCCGCUGCUGCCAGCCGCACGGCUCCCUCAGACCGGCGGACGCAGCUGCCGCGGGUGAGGCGCCUGGGGGCCGCGGGCCGAGCGGCGGGGCGCCCCGAGCACCAUGCUGGACCCGUCUUCCAGCGAAGAGGAGUCGGACGAAGGGCUGGAAGAGGAGAGCCGCGAUGUGCUGGUGGCGGCCGGCGGCCCGCAGCGAGCGCCACCGGCCCCGGCUCGCGAAGGGCGGCGGGACGCGCCGGGGCGCGCGGGCGGCGGCAGCGCGGCCAGACCCGUGAGCCCGAGCCCCUCUGUACUCAGCGAGGGGCGAGAUGAGCCCGACAGGCAGCUGGAUGAGGAGCAGGAGCGGAGGAUCCGCCUGCAGCUCUACGUCUUCGUCGUGAGGUGCAUCGCGUACCCCUUCAACGCCAAGCAGCCCACCGACAUGGCCCGGAGGCAGCAGAAGCUUAACAAGCAACAAUUGCAGUUAUUGAAAGAAAGGUUCCAGGCCUUCCUCAACGGAGAAACUCAAAUUGUGGCUGAUGAAGCAUUUUGCAAUGCAGUUCGGAGUUAUUAUGAGGUUUUUCUGAAGAGUGACCGAGUGGCAAGAAUGGUUCAGAGUGGAGGAUGUUCUGCUAAUGACUUCAGAGAGGUGUUUAAGAAAAACAUAGAAAAACGUGUGCGGAGUCUGCCAGAAAUUGAUGGCUUGAGCAAAGAGACAGUGCUCAGUUCAUGGAUAGCCAAAUAUGAUGCCAUUUACAGAGGUGAAGAGGACUUGUGCAAACAGCCCAACAGAAUGGCCCUAAGUGCUGUGUCUGAACUGAUUCUGAGCAAGGAACAACUCUAUGAGAUGUUCCAGCAGAUUCUGGGUAUUAAAAAACUAGAACACCAACUCCUUUAUAAUGCAUGUCAGCUGGACAAUGCAGAUGAGCAAGCUGCUCAGAUCAGAAGGGAACUUGAUGGUCGUUUGCAGCUGGCAGAGAAGAUGGCAAAGGAAAGAAACUUCCCCAAAUUCAUAGCAAAAGAAAUGGAGAACAUGUAUAUAGAAGAGUUGCGAUCUUCAGUGAAUUUGCUAAUGGCCAAUUUGGAGAGUCUUCCAGUUUCAAAAGGUGGUCCGGAAUUUAAACUACAAAAACUAAAACGUUCACAGAAUUCUGCCUUUUUGGACAUUGGAGAUGAGAAUGAGAUUCAGCUGUCAAAAUCUGACGUAGUGCUGUCAUUCACCUUGGAGAUUGUCAUCAUGGAAGUUCAAGGUUUGAAGUCUGUUGCUCCCAAUCGAAUUGUUUAUUGUACAAUGGAAGUGGAAGGAGGAGAAAAACUGCAGACAGACCAGGCUGAAGCCUCAAGGCCACAAUGGGGAACUCAAGGUGAUUUCACCACCACCCAUCCUCGGCCUGUGGUCAAAGUAAAACUCUUCACGGAAAGCACUGGGGUCCUGGCCCUUGAAGAUAAAGAACUGGGAAGGGUGAUAUUAUACCCAACUUCUAAUAGCUCCAAGUCAGCUGAGUUGCACCGAAUGGUAGUUCCAAAAAAUAGCCAGGACUCUGACUUAAAGAUCAAAUUAGCAGUGCGAAUGGAUAAACCACCACAUAUGAAACAUAGUGGGUAUUUGUAUGCCCUUGGACAGAAGGUCUGGAAAAGAUGGAAAAAACGUUACUUUGUUCUUGUUCAGGUUAGCCAGUAUACCUUCGCUAUGUGCAGUUAUAGAGAAAAAAAGUCUGAACCACAAGAACUAAUGCAGCUUGAAGGAUACACUGUGGAUUAUACAGAUCCCCACCCAGGCCUUCAGGGUGGACAGAUGUUCUUUAAUGCGGUUAAAGAAGGAGACACGGUGAUAUUUGCCAGUGAUGAUGAACAGGAUAGAAUAUUAUGGGUUCAGGCCAUGUAUAGGGCCACAGGUCAAUCAUAUAAACCCAUUCCUGCGAUUCAAACCCAGAAACUGAAUCCUAAAGGAGGGACUCUCCAUGCAGAUGCUCAGCUUUAUGCAGACCGUUUUCAGAAACAUGGUAUGGAUGAGUUUAUUUCUGCUAAUCCUUGCAAGCUGGACCACGCCUUCCUUUUUAGACUACUCCAGAGGCAGACUUUGGAUCACAGACUGAAUGAUUCCUAUUCUUGCUUGGGUUGGUUUAGCCCUGGCCAAGUCUUUGUGUUAGAUGAGUACUGUGCCCGUUAUGGUGUGAGAGGCUGUCACAGACAUCUCUGCUACCUUACAGAACUGAUGGAACAUUCAGAAAACGGUGCUGUCAUUGACCCAACCCUGCUCCAUUACAGCUUUGCAUUCUGCGCCUCUCACGUGCAUGGCAACAGGCCUGAUGGAAUUGGAACAGUUUCAAUGGAAGAAAAAGAGAGAUUUGAGGAGAUAAAAGAAAGACUCUCUUCCCUUUUAGAAAAUCAGAUAAGCCAUUUCAGAUACUGUUUUCCCUUUGGACGACCUGAGGGUGCUCUAAAAGCUACGCUUUCAUUACUCGAAAGGGUCUUAAUGAAAGAUAUUGCCACUCCCAUACCAGCAGAAGAGGUGAAAAAAGUGGUCAGAAAAUGUCUCGAGAAAGCUGCCUUGAUCAAUUACACCAGACUCACAGAAUAUGCCAAAAUAGAAGGCCCAGCAGAAAAGGAAGCAGAGACCAUGAACCAGGCAACUCCUGCCAGAAAGCUGGAAGAGGUCCUUCACCUAGCAGAGCUCUGCAUAGAAGUCUUACAGCAGAAUGAAGAGCAUCAUGCGGAGGCAUUUGCCUGGUGGCCUGAUUUAUUGGCAGAGCAUGCAGAGAAAUUUUGGGCUUUAUUCACAGUGGAUAUGGAUACUGCACUGGAGGCCCAGCCACAAGACUCCUGGGAUAGUUUUCCUCUUUUCCAACUACUUAAUAAUUUCCUCAGAAAUGACACACUUUUGCGUAAUGGAAAAUUUCACAAACACUUGCAAGAGAUCUUUGUGCCCUUGGUUGUUCGCUACGUGGAUCUCAUGGAGUCCUCCAUUGCCCAGUCAAUUCACAGAGGCUUCGAGCAAGAGACGUGGCAGCCUGUCAACAAUGGCUCAGCAACAUCAGAAGACCUUUUUUGGAAACUUGAUGCACUGCAAAUGUUUGUCUUUGAUCUACACUGGCCAGAACAAGAAUUUGCCCACCACUUAGAGCAAAGACUUAAACUAAUGGCCAGUGAUAUGAUAGAGGCCUGUGUCAAAAGAACAAGAACUGCAUUUGAACUCAAGCUGCAAAAGGCAAGCAAAACAACUGACUUGCGCAUUCCAGCUUCUGUGUGUACAAUGUUCAAUGUCUUAGUCGAUGCCAGAAAGCAAAGCGCCAAACUUUGUGCCCUGGAUGGAGGACAAGAGUUUGGUAGUCAAUGGCAACAAUACCAUUCGAAGAUAGAUGAGUUGAUUGACAACAGUGUAAAAGAAAUCAUUUCACUGCUAGUUUCAAAGUUUGUUUCAGUGUUGGAAGGGGUGCUGUCUAAGCUGUCAAGAUAUGAUGAAGGCACUUUCUUUUCAUCCAUCCUGUCAUUCACUGUGAAAGCAGCUGCAAAAUAUGUUGAUGUUCCAAAACCAGGAAUGGAUCUGGCAGACACCUAUAUCAUGUUUGUUCGGCAAAACCAGGAUAUUCUUCGAGAAAAGGUCAAUGAGGAAAUGUAUAUAGAAAAGCUGUUUGAUCAAUUCACGGGCUUCGCGGUGACACUUCAGCUGUGGCAGUUACAGAAGGUCCUGCUACGUCAUCAUCUCCUUCAUGGUCUGUUGUGUCAGUGUUCACUGUUUGUCAGAUCCGGUGGUCAACAUGAGUCUCCUCUUUCAUAUUUUAUGCUUCUAGCCUCUACCCAGGCUGUUUUACAAUAAAAGUAUCAUCUGUUUUAAUAAGCUAAGUGUUAAUAUGUGUGAAAAGAAUGAUUUCCUAAAAGCUUUGAUGCCCUGCAGGGGUAGAAAAAUUAUCAUCUAUCCAGCUGGCUCUUUUACAAAAUACUGGAACCGUAUUAGCAACUUCUGCUUCCAUUUGGUAUUGCUCUGAAUUUACAAGCAUAUGUUUUACUUCCAAAUUCUCUUUUACCUUUUUUGCUUAUGUGGUAAUUUUCACAAAUGUUGAACAGAAUUGGGAAAUUGGAUUGAUGGUAUUUCCUUUAUGUUUAUUCUUAGUAUAUCUGAAGCAUGUUUUCUAUGAUGGGAAAAGAUAGAAUCAUCUGGAAAUAGGCCACUAUAGGUAGGGAGGUAGGGGUGUGUGUGUGUGUGUGUGUGUGUGUGUGUGUGUGUGUGUGUGUGUGUGUUCUUAACAUCUUCAACUUUUUAUCUUGGUGACCUAUUUACUACAAAGCCAGCCAUCAGUUCAUAACAGAGGUAGAAUUUUUUCGCUAUAAAGAUAUUCCCUACUUCGUCUCUCUCACAUUCACCAAACUUUCUUUGAAGACUUUUUGUGUGACAACAAUAAUCAACAGAGCUGACUGAAGUAGAGUCAACAUUAAAAGGGCCAACAUUAAAAUUAUGUCUAGUUUAGGGGGCACCUGGCUGGCUCUGUCGGUAGAGCACAUGACUCUUGAUCUUAGGGUCAUGAGUUCAAGCCCCACAUUGGGCAUAGAGCUUUCUUUAAAAAAUGUAAAAGUAUGUCUAGGUUAAUUGCCCUGGUUAUGUACACUUUCCUUUGAUACCUAAGCGUCUGACAUGGCGGUAAGUUUGCUUCUGAAAAGAACUCUUGACAAGCAACUGUUCUGUUUUGGUUGUGAAGGUUUUGUCAUUUUGCGUAUCCCCAGUAGAACAGUGGACUUGUUACUUGUGAAAUAGUUAUAAUGUCCUUAAACAUUCUAAUAUUUUUAAAUUGCACAUUUUUAUUACUGUAAUUAAAAAUAAAAAGUAGACCCUAAUUCUAUUGAUAUGUCAUCAAGAAUAACAUGUAUGAGGGGUACUAAGAGCCCCUAAUUAGCCAAGACUGAAUUUGCCUCAAUUAUAGUUAGUAAAUGAGAGGUUAUCAAGUAUGUGUUGAAAGGUAAAACAGAAUGUGUAUCUUAAGCAACAGAUCAUUACUGAGAGACAUUAUAUAAUUAUUGGAAAUCCUCUUGGCUGGAGUUUAAAAUAGUAUUGUUAGAUGUCAAGAAACAGUUGAAAAUAAUGACCCUAUAAAUAGUGUUGGCAACCUUAGUCUAUUACAGAUAAAAGAUUGAAGAGAACAAUUUUAUUCAGGCAUCACGACAAACUUUUGCUAUUUCAAUUAAA